CAUUUCUAUAUUAAGGGCUUCAACUCUGUUGUCAAUUUGUCUCUAUUCUUGUUCCAGAACUCUGAAUUAUUUACUCUCACCUACGGUUCACUCGUCGCCCAGAUCGUAAAGGAUUUUGAAUCGGACGAAGCUAUUAACGAACAGCUCGAUACAAUUGGGUACAACAUUGGCGAAAAGCUUGCAGAGGACUUUGUCGCCAGAGGCAACCAGGGACGUUGUAGCGAUUUCAAAGAGACUGCCACCCAGGUAGUGAAUGGCUUCAAGCUGUUUUUGGGUAUUUCACCGACUGUGAGCAAAUUCAGUCCCGCGGGCGAUGAGUUCUCCCUCAUUUUUGACACGAACCCUCUCACCGAAUUCGUCGACCUGCCUGUUGAGCAUUCCAAACUUCUCUAUUGCAAUGUGUUCGCUGGUGCUAUUCGUGGAGCCCUUCAUAAUCUACAAUUAGAGGUCGACGCGAAGUUUGUGCAAGACCAACUUCGAGGUGACAAAGUCACCGAAAUCCGUGUGAAGUUUAUCCGCCGGAUUAAAGAAGUCUUUGCCGGUUUGCACUUUAGAAAAAUGUCCACCCCCGGCACCAACGCUACUGAGGCCUGGCUAACCAAGGGUCUUCGACUGUUUUACUCGCAGAAGCCAGAGGACGCCGCGCGUCUGCGUCGGUUCUACAAGGAAGCCUGCGAGAACGAGGCGGCUGUCUUGCGCACAACUCUUGCCGAGGCGCUUCGAGCCGAGAGCACCAGGGACGAGUCUGCUGGUGAGCGCGGCGCCGCGCGUUCGAAGAUGACGUCGUUGGGAGCGGAAUCGGCCGCGCCCCCUCGCUCUCCGCGUUUGGACCAGAGCGACUUGAACUCCAGUACCUCGUCGGCUCUCCCGAGGCGUGCCAGUUUAAUCAAUCUGUUUGACGUGGCUGGCAGUGUCAACGGCAGCAGCACCGCUGCCUCCCCCGCCGCCAAAGUUCGAAAUUCGUCGGGCUCCGCAUCUGUACCGCUCAUACCAGUGGUGGUAUGCCAGGGCAAGACAAUCAUCCCCGAGCAGCCGCAGGUCGUCGUGCCGACCAACAUCGGCGGCGCCAGCUCCCCUCCCGUGGCGAUGGAGGCGAUGGCGGAUCUGGUCGCGGACCUCAUGUGCUGCGUGUGUGGGCGCAUGACCGCGGCCGAGGAUGCCGGCUCGCAGACCAACAACGUGCUGGUCGAGUGCUCGAGGUGUCGCGGCCUCUACCACCAACUCUGCCACUCGCCACCUCUCAUCGGUCGCGCCCCCACUGGCUGGCUCUGCGCCAAAUGCGUCGCGGGAAAAGGCUCCAAGCGGAAGUUGUCCUUGUCGCCGUCUCCUGUCAAUCCCAAAAAGAACAAGGCUUAA